AUGGAUAAAAGCAUGAUCAAAAAAAGAGGCAGGCCUCCCAUCACCAAAGAUUAUCCCAAUCCCCUACAAAGCCCCAUGGCGCAUUCUUCAAUGCAGGUUCAGAAGCAGGGGCCUCACAGUUUUGCCAAACCUUUGAUGAAAGUGGGGCAAUCUAGUCCAUCCCCGAAUAAAAGAAGACUCAGCAUCGAUCAUCAUCAUAAUUUGGCGGCAACUACGAGAAAGGGCAGAUACAGGGGCGUUCUUCUUUCUACUCCCACCAAGAAAUCGAGCACUAAUGGCUCUACGCCGAUCUCUACCCCGUCUUCGAAUGACAGCUAUAAUAACACGGUGUUUUCUGAAACAAGGAAAACCUUUCUUCAGAGUUCGCCGCCUAUCAUGACGUCUUCUCCAGCUUUCCAAAAGAAAAAUGACUACAUGUUUCCUUCACAGGAACAAUUCAAACUUUCUUUAACCAUUACCGAAAGUGGGAAGGCCGUUAUUGCAGGAUCUUUGCCUUUCUCUCCAUCGUCAAAAUCGUCUCAUUUAAUGAACAAUAAUAAUAAAAAGAUCAUGCAAAAUGAAAAAAUUCACAAAGGAAGCAAGAAAAAUGCACCCAAGUUUGAGAAGAGACGUAUUCUUUCUCUCUUAAAACAGAUGAAGAAUGAGAAAUAUUGUGAUACUGAUACGCUCCCCGAAGCACCUCCAGCGAAACCAAGCAGAUCUGACAUCAUCGACACAGAAUUGCCGACUAUCAUAGAAACUUCAGCUUCUCCAAUAGGCAGUGCUAGAAACAAUAAUAUACUGCUUUCGCAACCACCACAAUCACCCCCUUCAAGCGCGCAACUUAAGCCCCCAUCCACUCCAAAGAGUUCUCUACAAUUCAGGAUGGGAUUUACUCCCAAUGUUGCACUAAAUUCCGUAUCAUUAAGUGAUACUAUAUCCAAAUCUACAAAUGCUGUGGGUGCCAGCAAUAAUAACAAUCAGAACGGUAAUUCCAUUAGCAAUAUCGCGGAUGCUAAUACUUUACUUACCUUGACUAAUAGCCCGGGAGUUUUCUUAUCACCUCGAAACAAAAUGUUGCCCAAGUCGACUACUGCAUCUAACGAACAACAGCAGGAAUUCGUGUUUAAGUUUUCAAGUGGUGACCCGUUAUUGCUUACUGACGACGCAGAUGGGAAUUGGCCAGAAAUGCUGUUCAAUGUAUCUAAUACGCCCAGACGUCAAAAAUGUUUUAACACACCUCCUUCAUGGAUAAACUUUGGUUCACCUGGAUUAUUCAGCCCACCAAGAAGCUCUAAUGUCAUGGUAAAUGGCACCACUGUAGCCACCGCAUCGGAUAGCGGCAACGUCCAUAGACAAUUACAAGCUCAAUUGGAGGCGCAAGUGCAAGUGCAAUCGCAAUCCAAUUCUCCUACUCAAAGGCAACAACAACAGCGUCAAUUUCAAAUACCCCCACCUCACAUAAACAUGAACUCUUCCCCGCCACAAAUCAAUAUCGCUUCCCCACCUCAUCAAUCUAUGUCUCGGGUGUCAUCUAUUUACUUCAACAAAGAAAAAACCACAACAGGGGUAGCAAAUAUGCUAGGUAACACCAAAAGCGAAAACUUACAGCCGCCGGCGAAUUUAUUUACCGCUGCCCAUGGACCUUCAACUCCUAGAAAUCAAGAAUUUCAAUUACCCACUUUGAUUGAAUGCACUCCAUUAAUCCAGCAAACCAUGAAUGGCUCAUUAGGAACCAAAUACAUACCAGGUACUUCAAUUUCGAACAGUGCAACUCCUAAUUUACACGGGUUCCCUGUUGGAACCGGGAAAGCUCCCUCUAGCUUUGACGAUUCACUAAAACAAAACCCGUACAGCAACAAACAGGAUGAUGCUAGAACUGCCUUGAAAAGAUUAAUCGAUGAUCAGUGA